UUUGAUCAUGUGCCUAUGAUUCUCUACGGUACACAAAACAGUGUACAAUGCGUAAUAUCCAGAAAACAUGGCAAACUCUUCAGUUGCAGGACAGAUAGAGACGACAUUUCUAUCCUGUUCAAUAUGCAUGGAACAUUUCAAAAAGCCAAAGGCUCUGCCAUGUUUGCACACCUUUUGCGAGGAUUGUCUGAGAGAUUAUAUUGUCAGCAGAUUUGAGUCAGCUGGCCAGUUUCCUUGUCCCAUCUGUAGACAGCUUGUGUAUAUCCCUCCAAAUGGAGUGUAUGGAUUUCCCGACAACCACUUUAUCCUCAGUUUACAAGACACUGUUACCCACUCAAGUAGCCAAAACACCGAAUCUGGUAGUUUUGAAUACAGUUAUCAUCAAAGAAACGAAGACUUGUCUCUGCCUUUACUUCAACCGGACAAAUACUCUGUGCGAUUUACUAAACCGGGAUCCCCAAGGUUAUUGAAGACAUUUGGUCACUUUGGCUUGGACCAAGAUGGCUUGGUUCACAUCUCGGGUCUAACUUACUCUUCAAUGACAGGGGAUAUAUUGGUUGCUGACUGUAGUCUGAACAAAGUUCUUGCAUACUCAAAAUCUGGGGAUUAUCGUGGAGGGUUCGUGUGUGACUGCUCCAUUCGUGAUAUUGCAGUCACUGCUCACGGAUCCAUCCUACUGGCUGUCAGCCGCGCUGGUUCCGCUAUAAUGAGGGAGUAUGGAUACGAGGGCAACGUCAUCGCCUCUUACGGCUCCUUCUACAAAUACGAGAACCCGUUUGGUAUCUGUGUGUCCAGAAUGGGGAAAGUCAUUAUUUCUAGUCUGCAACACAACAAUAUCCACAUCUUUACAGAACGGAAGAAACCAUCGUUCAAAUUUGGCUCAAGAGGUAGUGGUUCGAAUCAUUUCUUAUUGCCGUAUUACGUCGCUGUCAAUAGCCGAGACGACAUAGUUGUUUCGGACAGUGGGAACCAUAGGCUCAAAAUCCACAAAAAUGACGGCACAGUUCUUCACGUGAUUGGGCAACAAGGCUCUCAAAGUGGAGAGUUCUUCUAUCCACAAGGUGUAUUCGUAGACAAACACGACAAUAUCUACGUGGCAGACGCGAAUAACUUCAGAGUUCAGGUUUUCUCACCGGAAGGGGAAUACCUAUCCACCCCAGUGGAGAAUACGUACGAAUUCGGCGUCGACGUCAAACCUACCAACGUAAUCGUCGUAGAUAACCGCCUCGUUGUCGCUUUACGCGGGACUCGUGUUUCUCUUCUACAAAUCUACGACUGGGACGACUCAAAGUACUCCCAGUCAGCAAAGACAGGUAGAAAACAGCCAGCGCCCGGCGGACUGCUGGGGUGCUGUUGUCCGUGUCUGUCCAGUAAUUUGUCGUACGAUGAUAUUUGAGUUGUCUGCUGAGCACUCGAACUAUUCAAAUCGUUUAAUGGUGCUGUACGUAGACAUAGCUGUGAUACCACAUAUAAUGCAACAAUUGUCUAGGCACUUAAUUUCUGUUGAGUAAAAUGUAUAGCACAUAAUAUAAUUAAAAAAAAGAUUCCAAAG